AUCAUGAGUUGUGAGAGAAAGCACACUGCCUGCCUUUCCAAUUGUCAUUUUUAAACUAUAUGUUAAUUUAGAUAAUAAUUUGAGUUCUUGAUUUUUUUUUUAAUUUUUUUUUUUUUUUCUUCUGGAGUGCCUGGAACACACCCUAAGGAUCAGCUUGUCAGGACAACGUGUUCUAAGAACUGAAAGAAUAAAUGAGAAGAGCAUUCUCUUAAACAGUACUUGAAGUUUGUUCCUAUUACUUAGGUGUUACAGCUUUGUUUUAGGAAGAUGAAAGUGUUGAGUUUUGAAUAUGCUUGUAAAUUGGGACAGUCAGCCUGCUAAGGUGACGUUCUUUUCAUGCUAGAUGUCAGUGUUAACAUACCUGUUCUGUAAUCUCAGGUGUAGUCAUUCUGUUGUCCUCCUGGAUACACCUGUAUUAAAUACUUUAGUUAAAAUUGAUGGUCAAAAUGUCAAGACAGUAACUGCAAAUAAUGAUUUGUAGGUUGACCCUUAAUGGGCAGCUGUCUCUAAAUCUUUUUCUUGUGAAACUCCUGUUCUUACUGUGCACCAAGUAAACCCAGGAGAACCAGGCUGGCCUUUGUUAAAAUGUUUGCUACAGCCUUUCCAAUACCCAGAUUUCUCUUUCAUCUUAGUUUUGACUAAGAUGACUUUGAAAACCUGAAAGAUAGUAGAUGGGUGAUAACUGCAUCACUCAAAAUUAAAUCCACUGGGGAUAUCAUAGUUGGUUUUUCAUCCUCUCAAACUGUAAAUAAUUAGCUGACUAGCAGUAAUUCAUAAGAUGUCUUAUAAAGUCAUUUGUCAAUGUGUUACUUGAGCGUGUUGUGAGACUACUCAAAGGCAUGUGGCUAUUUGCCUUGUUUCUUUUGGUUUACAAAAGAUUUUUUUAAAAGCACCUGUUUCAUCUGGGGCUUUGUAAUGGUGAUCAUAAUGUAAAUUUCCUGGUGGUUGAAACUGGUUGUGUAUAUUGGGAUGUAUGAUCACUGUUUUCUGCCUGUGGCUGUAACGGUGACCACAGCCUAUCUUUGUGGAUAAAAAGCCUCAGUGAAGGUAUUGUGGCUAGUAAUAAUAAAUAGUGUGACAUGAUGAGCAGUGGUUUAAACACUGUUCUUUUUAUGUCUUUGGCUUCUGUAGAACGUAUUAUUCUAUUACUCUAUAAAUUAACCAUUGCUUAUUUACAUUCUUUUAAGUGUAUUUUUUUUCAGGAUUUUAGCUGUCAGUAGAUUUGUUACACUGUGAUCUCUUCUUUUCAAUAACACCUCUAAGUAUCCAGAAGUACUUCCUUUGAUAUCAAGAGAAGAGGAGCUGCCAAAUGUUGUCCUUCAAAGCAUUUGAGAGCUGCACAUCUGCAGAAGUUGUUGCUGCUGUUGAUGUGAACACUCUUGCCAAUGAAGUUUAUAAGCACAACUUUCCCAGGACACCAUUAUGGGCAAAGACAAUUGAGGGAAUAACACUGAAAGAAUUUGACAGAUUAUCUUUUGAUAUGAUUUUGAUGAGUCCUCCCUGUCAGCCAUUUACAAGACUUGGCCUGCAAGGUGAUAUAUCUGAUCCACGGACAAAGAGCUUUCUCUAUAUCCUUGAUAUUCUUCCAAGGCUUCAGAAGCUUCCAAAAUACCUACUUUUAGAAAAUGUUAAAGGAUUUGAAUCCUCUUUUGCAAGAAGUGAACUCCUGCGAAUGCUAGCAACAUGUGGAUUUAAAUAUCAAGAAUUUCUCUUGUCUCCAACCUGUGCUUGUGGAUUUUGCUUACAGCUUGGCAUUCCCAAUUCUAGGCUGCGAUAUUUUCUAAUUGCAAAGCUUCACCAAGAACCAUUUUCCUUUCAAGCUCCUGGUCAGAUAUUGACAAGAUUUCCAGAUCAGGAUCUAGAAGACUUAUUCAAGGACAAAGUCAUUGACAAAGUGGGUGAAGCUAGUUCUUCCUUGUCUUCUGAAGAGAAGAAUCUGGAUCCAGACAUUGGUCCUGAUUGCAGCAGCAAGAAGAGUUUACCAAAAGGGGCCUUUCUUUUUAAGCUUGAAACAGUAAAAGAAAUGGAAAGGAAACAUGAUCAGGACAAUGAUUCUUCUAUUCAAAUGCUAAAAGACUUCUUGGAAGAGGAAAACGAAGAAAUGAGUCAGUAUUUCUUACCACUGAAGUCCUUAUUGCGCUAUGCUUUCUUGUUAGACAUUGUUAAACCCACCUGUCGGAGAUCCACAUGCUUUACAAAAGGGUACGGACACUAUGUGGAAGGGACAGGCUCAGUUCUGCAGACAGCAGUAGAUGUACAGCUUGAAUCAGUGUUUAAACACAUUGAGGACUUACCAGAAGAAGAGAAGCUUAUGAAGUUGUCAACACUAAAACUGAGGUACUUUACGCCAAGAGAAAUAGCAAAUCUUCAUGGAUUCCCUCUCGAAUUUGGCUUUCCUGACAAAGUAACAAUAAAGCAAUGCUACCGUCUUCUGGGAAACAGCCUCAAUGUACCUGUGGUGGCAAAAUUGAUCUCCAUUCUACUUGGAUAAUUUAGAACCUGAAUCUGAUGAGUACGGAAUGGUGACAGAAAAUACUUCCAUCUUGCAAGAGAAAGCUGAUGACAGCUGAACAAAAGUCAUAGCUUACCAAAAUACCUGCCUAGAGAUUUUGCUGAACAGUUCUGAUAUGUCUUUAAUGCCUUGCUUUAAUGGUGUAUUUGCACUGUAGAGGUGUUUUAUUUAAAUGGAAGUUUCCAAGACUUAAUUGCUUUAUUUAAAUAUGUCCUUUUUAUUUUGCAAAAUGAAAAAGAACAGUGUUUACAUAUACCUCAAUGAAAAUGGAUGAGACUAUUUUAUUUUAUCUUAAAAGCACCCUCUCGGUGCAGUAUAAAAAGGCUGUAAAUUUAAAAGCUGUUCUAAUUAAGUGCAGAGACCAAGUUCUACAUGUAAAAUGUCUUCAGCUGUAAAUAUCAGUGAUCCAUUCUUAAAAGAUUUAUUCUAUAUAUAAUCUGAAAUUUUGAUGUAUUUUUUGUAGCCAAUUAGACUGUUGAAUUCAGUAUUUUGUAUAAGAUUUUUAAGAAGACACAGUGUCAUCCUUAGUUUAUGGUUGUCUCAUCCUCUCAAAAUACUUGUAGGUUUCUGGAACCCAACUGCAUCUGUCUGGAAUGAUUUUAGAUGCACCUGAAUAAAAAUAUUUCAAGAUCAUCACAA